GGGGCUGGGCUGAGAAACGAUGAGCGGCUGGAAAAACAUGUAACGGUGCAAAGACACGGCUGCACCCACCCACACCAUCCUUUACUGAGCCUCAGUUCACCAGCGGAGACCAAUUCCCUUCACAUCACAUUGGGACUUUGUGGGGUGGUGGGGAAGGCCUAGUCCCCCACCUUGAUCAGGCCCGACACCCCACAGAUCCCCCGACACUAUCCAUGGAAAAACAAGGAGCCAUGAGUACACCAGGCAAAGUCAGCGGGCUCAAACCCCCGAGCAAAAUAGUCCGACCGUCUGGGGUGCCAUCAAAGACGUCUCCAUCUUCUGGUGCUUCAAAGCCAGUUCCUCCAGAGAAGUCCCCUGGCACUGUGACCUCCCCAACCCAGGAUGGAGCGGCAGACUUCCAGGUCGGGGACAGGGUCUGGGUCAACGGCAACAAGCCCGGCUACGUGCAGUUCAUCGGCGGCACGCAGUUUGCUCCCGGGCAGUGGGCUGGGAUUGUGCUGGACGAGGCCAUCGGGAAGAACGACGGGUCUGUGGCAGGGGUCCGGUACUUCCAGUGUGAGGACGGGAGGGGGAUAUUCACACGGCCGUCAAAGCUAUCCAAGACUGCACUGCCAGAGAAGGAGGCCAACGGGAGGCAGGCCAGUCCGGCGCCAGCAGCCUCUGCACCGAGCGAGCCUGCACCUGCUGGCAAUACCUCAACUGCUCAAGGGACCGGCAUAAAGACUGCACUUAACCGAAUGCUCACGUCCAGCGAGUCAGUGUCUAACAUCUCAGACACAGAGUCAAUGAAGAAGAGGAGGGAGCUGAGGCUCGGAGACCGUGUGCUGGUUGGUGGUAACAAGGCAGGAGUGGUGCGGUUUCUGGGAGAGACAGACUUUGCCAAGGGGGAGUGGUGUGGAGUGGAGCUGGAUGAACCGCUUGGCAAGAAUGAUGGAGCUGUCGCAGGCACCAGAUACUUUCAGUGCAUGCCCAGGUACGGUCUGUUUGCUCCAACGCACAAGGUGACACGUAUCGGCUUUCCCUGCACCACGCCGACCAAGUCAAAGAGCUCACGGAGGAAGUCCACGCUCAAGAGGAGCCCGAGCGCUUCCUCUGUCAGCACACUUAGCUCUGCCACCUCCUCCAUCAGCGGCAAACCCAGCCGGGCAGGACUGCUGACGGAGACAUCUGCUCGGUACGCUCGUAAGAUCUCUGGCACCACAGCGCUGCAGGAGGCUCUGAAGGAGAAGCAGCAGCACAUCGAGCAGCUGCUCGCGGAGAGAGACCUGGAGAGAUGUGAGGUGGCGAAGGCAACCAGCCACGCAGGGGAGGUGCAGCAGGAGAUGGUUCUGCUGAGGAAAGGACGGGAUCAGUAUGCAAUGGAGAUGGAGGCAAAGUUGGACCAGCUGCGUUCACUGGUGGAGGCAGCAGAUCGAGAGAAAGUGGAGCUGCUCAACCAGCUGGAGGAGGAGAAGAGAAAAGUGGAAGAUCUGCAGUUCAGUGUGGAGGAGGCCUGCAUCACCAGAGGAGACCUGGAGACGCAGACCAGACUGGAGCAUGCCCACAUAAAGGAGCUUGAGCAGAGCCUGCUCUUUGAAAAGACCAAAGCUGAAAAACUCCAGAGGGAUUUAGAGGACACUAGGGUGGCCACAGUGUCUGAGCGCUCCAGGAUCAUGGAGCUGGAGAGGGAGGUGGCCGACCUCCAGCUGCGGCUGCGGGCGUCCCAGCAGAAGGAGGACGCUGCGUCUCUGUCCCAGCAGCAGAUCAGCAGCCUCAAGGCCCAGGCGCAGGCUCAGGAGAAGAAGAUCAGUGAGUUGAGUGUCGACGUGGAGAGCAAACAGAAGGAGCUUCAGUCUGUGCAGCAAGAUAAGAGCUCUCUGGAACAGGAACUGACCGGCCUGAGACAAACGCUCGAGACAGCUGAGGAGGAGAACAGGAGGACAGCAAAGACCAUGCAAGAGUUGGAGCAGAUUGUGGAGCAGUCAAAGAAAGAGGUCCAAACCCUGAAAGAGGAGAAUCAGUGCAGAGAGAAAGAGCUGACAGAGGCGACUGAAAAGUCAGAGAGGACGGAGCGGUCGCUUGAGCAGCUGACCAAUGAGAAUAAGACACUGGAGACACAGCUCGAGGCUUUAAAACAGCAGAACUCCAAAUACCAGGAGGAGCUCAGUCUGUCGAAGGAGCGCAGCAGCUCGGAAACGCAGCGCAUCGGAGUCCUCUGCAAGGAAAUUGAGGAGCUGAAGCUGGCCUCCCAGAAGUCUCAGCAUCUUGAGGAGCACAAUGAGGAGCGUAACAGUCAACAGCCAGACAUGAAGACCAGAGAAACGAUCUCUAAUCAGGAGACGGAGGGCGAAAUAAACUUCCAGAAAUCCACUGGAGCCUUAAUCUCAGACAAAGACCGGGAGCUGGAGACGCUGAGGAAUGAGAUCGCGGUGCUACGAGGAGAAAACGCCAUGGCCAAGACGCUGCAGACGGCCGUGGAGACGUUGGAGAGAGACAAAGCUCAGCUGCAGAGCCGUGUUCACAGUCUAGAGCAAAGGCUCAUGGGAACGCAGGCCUCGGAGGAGGAAGACAGGGAAGCUCCACCGUCAGGCGACGCGGCCCUGGAGCAGCUGAGGGAGGAGAAGGAGUUCGCUGAGGGGCAGAUCAACUUCCUGAACAGUGUGAUCGUGGACCUGCAGAGGAAGAACGAGGAGCUGAAGAUCAAACUGAAGAAGCUCGCUCUGGCUGAGUUCAACGGCAACGACGGCACGGAUGGGUUUGUUGAAGGUGUGUCAAAGCGGGAAAAGAAGGCGACGCCGCGUCUGUUCUGCGACAUCUGCGACUGCUUCGACCUCCACGACACAGAGGACUGUCCCACUCAGGCCCAGAGCCCCGACUCGGUACCUCACACCACCUAUCACGGCAACCCGGCGGACGAGAGGCCCUACUGCGACAUCUGCGAGGCCUUCGGACACGCCACGGAGUCCUGCAACGAUGAUCAGACCUUCUAGUAGCUCCAAAAAACUCUUUACCUGCAUUUCCUUCCCUUUCCUCUUAAACACAGCUCACCUCUUACUCUCCCACGACGCAGCCCGACUAAAUCCCCUUCAGAUUUUUCCAUAUUGUAUUUUUAUACUGUAUUUAUGCAUAUCACUGGUAGCCACCGUCCUGAUCUAAAUCCUUUCUCUAAAGGUAAACUGUAAUGCAGAAUGCUCGUCCAAAUAUGCUGCUUUGGUGCAAUAUUGAUGUUUAUAACAAAAAGGAAUCUGUCCUCUGCACUUCGUCGUUUUUAUCGUGUUGUUUUGCAUUUAAGUUUGUUUCUAAAAUAAGAAUAAGUGUUGUUUUUAUGGGCUUUUUUGUUAUUUAGCGAAAAACGAUGCAACUUAAUGAAGCACAGUUCAAACUGAAGGGAAAAUGAAGAAGCACCUCUCCGACUCUACAUUCCUCAAGUCUGUAAGGCUGCACACCAAUCAGAGAGUGAUACUGCCAUGUCAAACCUUUUACUCAUUUUUUAAUGUUUAGUGAUAUUUUACAAACGCUUCCUCCAGCAUAUCAACCUAUGACGGAGUAUCAGGGUCACACAGGGAAACAAAGUCAUGUCAGAUUUGAGGAAAUAAAAUGUAAUAUUGUUAGAAAAAGGUGGAAUUUUUUGAGAAAAAGUCUUAAUAUUUUAAGAGGAAAUGCAACAUUUAGAGGGAAAAAAGGUGUAAUAUUUUAAGAAAUAAAAGUCGUAAAAUUUCAAGACAAAGCUUACAGUUAAGAGGUGAAAGGUUGUAAUACUUUAAGAAAUAAAAAUUAUAAGAAUUUUAGAGAAAAUGUACAGUUUAGAGGACAAAAGUUGUAAUAUUUUAAGAACUUAAAGUCAAUGUUUUAAGACAAAACGUACUGUUUAGAGAAAAAAAAGUUGUAGUAUUAUCAGAAAUAAAAUUAAUAAAAUGUCAAGAGAAAACACAGUUUACAGGAAAAAGGUUAAAAUAUUUGAAGAAAUUAAAGGCAUAAUAUUUCAAGACAAAACACACAGUUUAAACGCAAAAACUUGUGAUAUUAUAAGAAAUACAAUUUAUAGUAUUUCAAGAGAAAACGUACGUUAAAAGCAAAAAGUGAAGAGAAAAAAAUUUAAUGAUUUUUAAAAAUUACAAAACAGUUAAACGACUUUCACAGUGAAAUCUUACCUACUACAAAAUGAAUGACUGAUGGAAACAUUUAGUAUCAAGUAGACGUAGAAAUCGAUGUCAGUGCUAAAUACUUCAUCUUGCUUUCUUUUCCAGGCUUUUGAGACCACGUUGGCAAACUUAAGUGAUAGAAUAAAAUAUUUCAGUAUUACGUGAAGUCACUUCAUGGGAAGUAAACUCCUAAAUGUUUAAAUGUUUUAGCAUUUCCUGACAGUCCAUAUAAACUGUACUGUUACUGUCUUUACUUGCUGUUCAUACUAUGACUGUGCUCUUUAAUCAUAUUAUAAUUAUAACUUUUCUCCAAAUAUCACAACAUUGUUUUCUGAAUAUUAAAACUUAAUUCUCCAAUAUUAUUACUCAUAUUCAAAAUAUUUUGACUUACAACUUUAUUUUUUCGAAAUAGUGCAAUAUUUUCUCAAAAUAAAAAUUCUUGAAAUAUUUCCAAAAAAUAAUUCUCAAAAUAGUAAGACUUUAUUCUUUAAGUAUUUUACAUCAUUCUGGGCUAAUAAUAAUAUGAAUGUUCUUGAUAACAGUUUUAUUCUCUAAACAUUAAGACUCUUUUUCUGACAUUUUUUACAAUUUUUUCUUGAAAAAUUAUUUACAGUUAUUCUCAUAAUAUCAGGACUUAAUUCUCACAAGAGAAUAUACUGACUUUUCUUGAAAUAUUACAUCUUCAUUGAUGAUUGUAUUUGAUAAAGGAAAAAUAUGACUUUUUAUUAAUUAUUUGACUAUUGUCGUGGCCCUUAUAUUCCAUCGUAACCAACUUAUAUGUUAAUCUAUGGAAAACUAAUAACACUUUGUAACAUGAGUGAAGUUCAGUCUUGACGUUGGUAAAAGUGGCUUCAAAGGUUACUCUCACUGUGCUCCUCAGUGGAUGCAGUUGAAAGAGUUAACUCCUGUGUCACUCCAUCAUGAAAACCACUGGGUGCAAGUGAAGACUGGAGAUAAAAUUCAUUAGGUGGACUUUGACUUAAAGGGGCAGUUUAAUUGUUUACUUUUAUUUUUUAUAUUAAGUGGCUUUACAACAUUUCUUUUUUGUCUAACAAAAUAAUUUCACGACUUAAGGUCCAUUUAACAGUCAAGGAGCUUUCAUCCUAAUUAUGUUUUUUUCAGUUGUCGUAAUCUUCUAAAAACCUAAACCUGAAAUCUGAGCACUUUAAGGACUUGAGAUUUUAAGUUAAACUACAUUUACAUGACAGCGUGGCACCUUGACCAAAAGCUCCGGAGCUGCUGUCAAAUGACCUCGUGAUCAGAUUCUUUUGUUUCGUCUGAACUCUUGUGAAUAAACAACUUUUUUUCCAUA